AUGGUUCGUCUCGUCGGCGGAGCCCAGGACCGAGAAAAAAUUCGGAGCAUGUCGGAAGUCAGUCGAAGUUUGGUUGAGGUGGUGGACUUUGAUGGUGUGUUCCACAGUGAUUUCAAGACGAUGUUUGACGGGUUGGGUUUGUUGGAUUGUGGAUUGGAGUAUAAUGUGGUGACGGUAUUAGGUUGUCAGAGUAGUGGGAAGAGUACGUUAUUGAAUGCGUUAUUUGGUACAAAGUUUCCGGAGAUGGAUUCGAUGUGUGGUCGUGGUCAGACGACUCGUGGUGUAUGGUGUAGUCGUGAUAUUGAGUCUUCAACAUUGGUGAUUGAUGUUGAAGGUACAGACAGUAAGGAGCGAGGUGAGGAUAGACUGACAUUUGAGCAUCGUGCUUCACUAUUCAGUUUAGCAGUAGCUGAUGCUGUAAUAGUAAAUAUGUGGUAUCAUGAUAUAGGUCGUUACACAGCAAGUAACUAUGGUUUAUUAAAGACAGUAUUAGCUGUCAUGUUAGAAUUAUUUCAUACUAAUGAUUCUUCAAAAAUGGAUUCAAGAAUGGAUUCAAGAAUGGAUAAUCAUACUAGAACACAUAUGAUCUUUAUUAUACGUGAUCAUUCAUCAUCAUUAACACCAAUUCAUAAAUUAGAAAGAUUAUUAUUACAAGAUGUUGUUGAUAUAUGGGAUGGUAUUAAGAAACCAUUACCACUUCAAAAUAGUACUGCUGAUGAUUUCUUUAAAUUCAGCGUCAUUGGAUUACCAAGUAAAGUUGAUGAUAAAAAUAACUUUGAUAUAGAAGUUAAAAAUCUUAAACUCAAUUGGCUUAAUAAAUUAAGACCUAAACAUUAUACUAGAACUAUACCUGCUGAUGGUUUUCCAAUGUAUUGUGAAAGUAUAUGGAAUACUAUCAUGAAUAGCGAUCAAUUAGAUAUACCUUCACAAAAAGAAAUGGUUGCAAUAUAUCGUUGUGAUGAAAUUAAAAUUAGAGCUUUCAUGAAAAUGAAAGAUGGUCUAGCACAACAUGACUAUGAUGUCAUCUUUGAUCACGACAAGAAUAAGGAUAACCUUACUGUGGGUGAUAACCUUACUAUAAAUGAUAACACGAACACGAUAAUACAAAAUUUAUUAUCAUUUGUCAUUCAUGAUUAUCAUAAAGAUGCUUGGAGAUAUGAUACUAAUGUAUACAAUAAAAAACUUAAUGAACUAUUAGAUGAUUGCUAUUAUGAACUUCAAAAAAUUUACGAUACUUCACUCAAUAUGGAACGACAAAAAUGUUUGAAAGAAGCUGCCAAAUAUCUUGAAAAAUUAGGUCGUAAAGAUCCUUAUAAGUCCUCACGAUUGUUGGAUGAUGGAUCAGAUAUAUUUGAAUUUUGGAGGCAAUUGGAUAUCAAGUAUCUUUCUAAUUGGAUGGAUAUGACAUUGGAUGAUUUUGCAAAAAAAUGUAAGUCAUCUAGCAUCAACUUUUCUGUAUCGUUGGGUGAAAAUGAUGUCAAGUUGAAUCAUGAAUUUACGAGCGAUUUACAAAUGUCAUUGUUGAAAGAGAAUUUGAUCGAGAUGAGAACAAAGUUUAAAGAGAGCGAAUUACAAUCAUUCAAAAAUAUACUUGAAGAACCAGUACAGGGUAUUCGUGAACAGAUUGAGAUGUUGCAGUUGGAGCCUGACUUGAAUAAUUAUUGGAAUGAGGCGACGAAGAUAUUGCUGGAUAAUUCUACUCGUUUAUAUCCUCAAUACGGUGUGGCGCUUCAAGGCAUCGUGGGUUCGAAUCACGGCACGGACAAAUGUGAAGAACCUAGUCGCGAAAUUGUCGAAAGCACUAUGACACGUGCUAGUACACCUUUCAUGACAACAGAAUCUGAUGAGAGGAUGCGUUUCAAUAUGGUAUUGUAUGAAUGUUUGCGUGAAAGUUUUGCGAGACGUAGUGACCGUAUUUGCGACCAAGUAUAUAAACGCUUUAAACGUUUCUUUGAGACAGAUGAAGAUGGUGUGCCGAACUAUUGGGCGACAACAAAACCAGAUGAUAUUAAGAGGUUGUAUCGUGAAGCCAAGAGUAAAGCACUUGCAUUAUUCCCUAUCAUUUGCGAAUACAAAGUCGAUCUUCAUGCUCUAGUUCAUGAUGAGUUCGUAGACCCACGCCUUCUCGAGCUAUCUCAACAACCAUUAUUGUUCGGAAUUAAACAGUCCGAGUCAUUAUCAACCUCUGAGAAAUUCAUGCUCAAGGCAUGUCAAGAAGCACAAUUCAUACAGGCAACAGGUGGACAAAUGACAAAACAAUCUUGGUGGAUGUGGCUGCUCUGUAUCCUUCUUGGUUGGAAUGAAAUUAUGUUCGUUAUUCGACAACCCAUCAUCUUCAUGCUCGGCUUAACUGCCGCACUUGUCAUGGGUGCCGCUUGGUACACUGGCAAUCUAUUCACACUCAUUACUGGUGGACGACUUCUUACCUCUCAUGUACUCAGUGUUAUUCUACCAAUCAUACAAAAGGAACUUGCACCUAAACUACAUACCCAAACAAGGUAA